GAUUCAUUUUGUCAUAUGUUAAUCUCAUUUACUUUGUUAAAGGUCUCAAGAUUCUGCCCUCCAAGAAAGUCUUGCCAUGAUUGGAUAGGACCCCCAGAUAAACAUUCAAACCUUCGGCCCGUUCACUUUUACAUACCUGAAGAUGAAUCACCAUUGGAGCAAAAGCUUAGAAAAUUAAGACAAGAAACACAAGAAUGGAAUCAACAGUUCUGGGCAAACCAGAAUUUGACUUUUAGAAAGGAAAAAGAAGAAUUUAUUCACUCAAGACUAAAAACUAAAGGCCUGGCCCUGAGAACCGAAUCUGAGGAAAGGGCUGGGAGCUCGAGGCACCCCCAUGUCAGGACCUCUGUUCCUGUUUGCUGGCUGCUGCCCGGGCCCUGGAGAGGUGGGCUCCUGCAGGGCAGAGCUGGAGCAGGCGCUGCAUCCCUCCCCUGUGGGCUGGAGCAGCAGCAGCAGCUAAGCCACCAGGUGGCCUGCUCUCCCCUGGAGGUGGAGGUGGCGCCUGCAGGGGGAGAGCUGCCCCUGGGCGAGGGCACCAAGCCCCAUUUCCUGCUGCCAUGUCACCUGUGCAUCCUGUUUCUCUACAGAGACUGGUACAAGCGCAACUUCGCCAUCACUUUCUGCAUGGGAAAAGUGGCUCUGGAAAGGAUUUGGAACAAGCUCAAAUGGAAGCAAAAGAAGAUGAGCAACUAGGAGUCCCCCAUGACACAGCCAGAGUCCAGGUUUCCAUGGGAAGCAGAUGGUUAGAGGAGCUCCUUUCACAGGGGCUCUGAGAAAAACUGAAGUGAUCCCAGGAAGCCCACCUCUUCCUAAGGGGGCCGUGGCCUAUCUGGGGACAGGGUGGGUCUCGCUGAUGUGGGCUCUAGGCCAGCUUGUUGUCACGGACAUGGCAUUAAGGCCCAAGCACUGGGUGCCCAUUUUCUGUGUUUCGAAUUACACCAAUUCAAAACAGA